AUGACUGAAGCUCACGUCCCACUUCCAGCGGUGCCUGCGGUCCCCAAUGGGGCACACCCGUCUGGCGUGGACAAAGAUGCGCUCCUCACCCGUCUCGAUACGCUGCUGGAGCAGUACCUACACACGCUAGACGAGUACGAGAAGCUCACGCAGCAGCUCUCCCAACAGCUAUCAUCUGCCUUCUUCUCCCUCACCCAAGCCAACUUCCACAACCGAUCCGGCGUGCACUAUGGCCAGGACCGAUAUGACGAACGCGUGCAGGCGACGCGGAGGAUCGUGAUAUCCGAGGACGAAGAGCACAAUCCACAUUUCUCCACCACCUCAACUCCAACCCCAGGAUCCUCCUCCGCAGAACCCAGCACCCGGCCACCUCCCACCGCUACCCAGGAACCCACGGAAGAUGAACCCAAGUCGAUCCCUGAUCCUGAUCCUACCACCGGCUCCACAGAAGAGGAAUCAAACACCCCCUCGGGCUCUACGCUCCCGGAUCCGCUCCGUAUGUUCGGCAUCCUGGUCCCGCCUGCGCUGCGCGCCGCACAGGCUUCGUUCCGCGGCGCUGUCGAGGGGCCCGUGGUGCGGUUGGUGGGCGUGGCGGGGGAGUUGAGGGGGUUAGAGCGAGAGAUUGGGAGGGUGCGCAAGAGCCUACGAAAAAGCCAGAUUUGA